UUAAACUACUCACUUUAAUUGAACAUGGUUUCAUCACUGGGGGAAGCCACCUACGUGCACAUAAGAAUUAACAGCAAGCCACACCCACUGCCAGGUACCUGUCCUGAACUAGGAAGUGAACGGACCGGAAUGGUCGUGUUGGUUUGGCCGCAAUACUUAAUGGUUUUUCUUGUCUAAGUGCGAGUUGAAGCAGUAAAUCCUCUCGACAUGUUAUCACCUCAUCACCACCACCUGACAGUCCUGCAUCUCGUCCUGCUACUGGGGACAGCAGACGGAGCUCAGAAUGUGUCAGAGGCGGCGUCGUCCUCUUGGAUGGCCAGCCUCCCAUCUAGGAGGGAUAUUGUGGUGAAAGAAGGAUCCAGCACACUGAUUGAGUGUAAUGUUACUGGACACCACAAUGACAUCAAGUGGUACAACUCUGAAGGAAUUCUCCUGGCUGACGGUGCAGAUGGGCGCUGGCAGAUUCAAGAGAAUGGUGUCCUGAACAUCACUGUGGUCUCCUUUGAGGACCGUGGUCGCUACACCUGUGUUGCUUCCAGCGGCACAGGCAUGACCAAGAACUACACCAUCACAUUGCGUGUAGCCUACACUGAAAGUGGCCUGGGCCUGUACUUUGUCAUUAUCUGCCUAGUAGCCUUCACCAUCACAAUUAUCCUCAAUAUCACAAGAGUCUGCAUGGUCAGCAGUCACCUCAAGGAGACGGAGAGAGCCAUCAACGAGUUCUUCCGCACUGAGGGAGCAGAGAAGCUGCAGAAGGCCUUUGAGGUCGCGAAGCGCAUCCCCAUCAUCACAUCAGCCAAGACGCAGGAGUUUGCCAAGAUCACGCAGUUCAAGACCAUGGAGUUUGCCCGUCACAUUGAGGAGUUGGCACGGAGUGUGCCUCUGCCGCCACUAAUCCUGAACUGCCGAACAUUCGUGGAGGAGAUCACGGAGACGGUGAUCCCUGUGUCUGACCCUGCAGAGCCAGUCAGGACGGUGGUGUCUGGGAAUAGACAAGCUGUAGGCCCACCCUGCCCCGACAGGAAUGGGGAGGAGGAGGCGGCACGUCAGACGCUGCUGUCCAGCGAAGAGCGGGGGAGCCAAGGAGGCAUUGUUGACAUCCAAGUGUCAGUCCACACUGUUUCUGAGAAGGUCGCCAGUGAGGAAAAGGAGGCUGAGGCUGAGAAGAGCGCGUGCUCACACUAGACUUACAAACAAGUGAGGCCUAUGAGAGCAACAUUUAAGCUGUCUCAGUCUAAAUCCCACCAGAAGCAGCACCUUUUCUGCAGUGACUAACUGCAAAUGGUCAGAAGAGACUUCAAAUUGUGAGGUUGAUUAUCGCUUAGCGAUUCUGAUUUUGCUUAUUGAUUCUUGUUCUUCCCAGAGCCUGGCUCCAUAUUCUGUCAUACUGAGUAAGUAACAAAACCAAAGCAAAAUCCAGGUUUAUUUCAGGUGGAUAAG